AUGGCGACCCCGGCGAAGGGCCCCGCGAAGGGACCAGCAAAACGAUCAAAGACACUCAAGAGAGACACAAGGAUCGAGAAGAGAAAACAGCAAGUGCAGAGCAUCGAGCAGCUCGAGAAGGCCGUCGCAGACUUUGACCCCAAGGGCGACUUCAAGACCUUCUCCGAACUCCCCCUCUGCGAAGCGACCGCGACCGGCCUCGAGAAAUCCCACUUCCAAACCCUCACGGACAUCCAGUCCCGCGCCGUGCCCCUCGCCCUCAAGGGCCAUGACAUCCUCGGCGCCGCGAAGACCGGCAGCGGCAAGACCCUCGCCUUCAUCAUCCCCGUCCUCGAGAAGCUCUACCGCGCAAGAUGGACCGAGUUCGACGGCCUCGGCGCCCUCAUCCUCUCCCCCACCCGCGAGCUGGCCGUGCAGAUCUUCGACGUCCUGCGCAAGGUCGGCCGCAACCACGCCUUCUCCGCCGGCCUCGUCAUCGGCGGCAAGAGUCUGAAGGAGGAGGCCGAGCGCCUGUCCAAGAUGAACAUCCUGGUGUGCACCCCGGGACGCAUCCUGCAGCACCUCGACCAGACGGCCGGCUUCGACGUCGAUAAUCUCCAGAUCCUGGUCCUCGACGAGGCGGACCGCAUCAUGGACAUGGGUUUCCAGACCGCCGUCGACGCGCUGGUCGAGCACCUGCCGCAAACAAGACAGACCCUCCUCUUCAGCGCGACGCAGAGCAAGAAGGUCUCCGACCUGGCACGCCUGAGCCUCAAGGAUCCCGAAUACGUCUCCGUGCACGAGGAGUCCACGCCCAAGAACCUCCAGCAGCACUACAUCGUCACCCCGCUCCCCGAAAAGCUCGACACCCUCUUCGGCUUCAUCAAGGCGAACCUCAAAAGCAAGAUCAUCGUCUUCCUGUCGUCCGGAAAACAGGUCCGCUUCGCGUACGAGAGCUUCAGGCACCUGCAGCCCGGUAUCCCCCUCCUCCACCUCCUCGGAAAGCAGAAGCAGCUCCAGCGCAUGGAGAUCACGAAGCGCUUCGCCGAGUCCAACAACUCCUGCCUCUUCGCGACCGACGUCGUCGCCCGCGGAGUCGACUUCCCCGCCGUCGACUGGGUCGUGCAGGUCGACUGCCCCGAGGACGUAGACACAUAUAUCCACCGCGUGGGCCGCACCGCGCGAUACGAGCGCGACGGCAAGGCCGUUCUCUUCCUCGACCCCAGCGAGGAGGAGGGCAUGCUCAAGCGCCUCGAGGCGAAGAAGGUGCCCAUCAGCAAGAUCACCGUCAAGGAGAACAAGAAGAAGAGCAUCAAGAACCAGCUGCAGAGCAUGUGCUUCCAGAACCCGGACCUCAAGUAUCUCGGCCAGAAGGCCUUCAUCAGCUACACCCGCUCCAUCCACCUGCACAAGGACAAGGAGGUCUUCAAGCUCGACGAGCUCGACCUCGACGCCUUCGCCUCCAGCCUCGGUCUCCCGGGAGCGCCGCAGAUCAAGUUCAAACAGGGCGGCGCCGACAUGAAGAAGGUCAAGAACGCCCCGCGCGCGGGCAUGUCGAGCGACGAGGACGACUCGGACGAUGACGCGCCCAAGAAGCCCAAGAAGCCCGAGGUGCGCACAAAGUACGACCGCAUGUUCGAGCGCACCAACCAGGACGUCCUUUCGGGUCACUACAGCAAGCUCGUGGCCAACGGCGAGAUCGACGGUCCGGCGGUGGACGGCGCGGGCGGCGACGACGAGGAGGGCGACGACUUCCUCUCGGUCAAGCGGGUCCUCAACGACGACGCGCUCGACGCCGAGUCCGGCAAGGCGCCCGGGUCCAAGGCCAAGGUGAUCUCGUACGGCGACCAGCAGUUCAUCGUGGACUCGAAGCGGCGCGAGAAGGCGCUGCAGUCCAAGAAGAAGAUGCUCAAGUUCAAGGGCCGGGGCACGAAGCUCGUCUUCGACGAGGAGGGCAACGCGCACCCAAUCUACGAGCUGCAGAACGAGGACGACUUCAAGCAGGAGGGCGCGCCGGAGGAGCUCCGGCAGAAGUUCGUCGAGAGCGAGACGGCGCGCGUCAGGGAGGCGGACGCGGACGACAAGGAGCUCCAGCGCGAGAAGAGGAGGGAGAAGAAGCUCAAGCGGAAGCUGCGGGAGGCGGAGGAGCGGGAGGGCGGCGCGCCGCAGCUGGUGGAGGCGCCGGGGGCGCAGGACGGGGAGGACCCGUUGGCGCUGCUGCGGUCGUUGCCGAUUGCGGGCGGGUCGAGCGGGGGGGAGGAGUCGGAGGACGAGAGGCCGAAGAAGAAGACCAGGAAGUGGUUCCAGGACGACUCGGACGAGGAGAGGGAGAAGAAGAAGAGGGCCAAGAAGGGCGGCAAGGUGCUCGAGAUCGACCACGAGCCCGAGACGUUGGAGGACCUCGAGGCGCUGGCUUCGGGCUUGUUGAAUUAA